AUGAUUCACAGCUUCAAAGACGCCGCCUACGGCAUCCCCGGCAACAGCGACGCGGGCGCCAUGAACUCGUGGCUCCUGUGGCAACUACUGGGCAUCUACCCCGUCGUCACACAGCCAGUCUACCUCCUCUCGUCGCCCUGGUUCCCCGACCUGAACAUGACCGUCAGCGGGGACAAGACGCUGCGCAUCAAGGCCAACGGUCUGAACGAGGGGAUCUACGUGCAAAGCGUCAAGAUCAAUGGCAAGGCUUGGACGAAGAACUGGUUUGAGCAUGAGGAUGUGAUGACGAACGGGGGGACGAUUGAGUUCGAGCUUGGCGAGCAGCCUACCGUGUGGGAGACGGGUGAGGCGCCGCCCUCACCGGGACAUGUGCAGCUGUAA